AGGGGGGGGGGGCGUGUUUUUUUCCCCCUUUCCUUUCGGCCCUGAUGGAGGCAAAUGGGGAAGAAGAAGGAGCAGCGGCGGCGGGGUUCCCGAGAGCCCGGGACCGUUACUUGCCCCUUUCCUCGGCCAGGGGGGGACGGUCAUAACUUCAAGUAUCACUGAAGCAACUAUUUGUUUGGAAAAGUUUGGCUUAUUCAUAACAGUUCUGAUUUUUACAUGGCACAAUUGCAAUGAAGAAGAGAAGAAGGCUUAAUGUAAAUGUAGAUGACAAAAUACAUCUUGGUCAGCCAAGGGAGCAAACGGAGAAGAUUCCCCUAACAGAAGACUCUGAACAGGAGGCUCGUGUGGAUUCUGCGGAAGUAGCUCCUGGAGACCAGCUGACGUAUUCCAAAGAACUUUCUCUGCUGCUCGAUCAAAGAAAACUUUUAACUUCUUUGCAGUACAAUACAAAUCUACUGAAAUAUUUAAAUGAUGAUCGACAGAAGCAGCCGUCUUUUUGUGACCUUCUUAUAAUUGUCGAUGGAAAAGAAUUUAACUCCCAUAAAGUAGUAGUUGCUGUUGGGAGCAGUUACUUCCAUGCUUAUUUGAGCAAAAAUCCAAACACAAAUGUUAUUACCUUGGAUCAUGUAACGCAUUCAGUUUUCCAUCACCUGCUUGAGUUUCUUUACACAUCACAGUUUUUCUUAAAUAAAAAUGAAAUACCUUUAGUUUUAGAAGCAGCAAAAUUUUUAGAUAUUAUUGAUGCAGUUAAAUUGCUAAAUAGUGAAAAUGUUUCCAUUUCCCAAUCUGAAGAGAAAACAAAACCCCCAUCUCGGCUAGAAAAGACAACUGAACAAACACCUAAAACAGCCAACAAUCAUCAAUGCACUUUAUGUAAUCGUAAUUUUUGCUACAAGAAAUCAUUAGAAAAUCAUUUGUCCAAAGCACACAAAUCUCCUGCACGGAACAAAGAGCAUGGGCGAAAAAUGGUUGAGAAGUCAGUAAUUUGUACUAGACGAUCAGUGAGAAAUCGUAAAUGCCCAGCCAAGUUUGAUCAGAGUGACAAUGAAAGUGGCAACACAUCAGAUACCAAUCUAGAUACAGUUGCUCCUAGUAAGGAGAGCAAUGGAUCCGAGGACAGUGGAAGUGAAUACAACACUGAUGGGCAGGAAGAGGAAGACGAUACGGAGUCUGAAGAACACAGCGAAAAAGAAUGUGGUGAAGAGGCCCGUGAGCCAGAUGGCCCAGCAGGAAAUGUUUCUGAAGACAAUCUUUCCACCUGUAUCCCACCUAUUCUUCAGAAUAGCAGCAAAAAAUGCUUGCAGUGUCCUAAGUGUGAUAAAAGUUUUGAUCGACCAGGGAAAUUUGAAAGCCAUGCUCGAGUGCAUACGGGUGAAAAGCCUUUUGAAUGUGAUAUUUGCGAGCAGCGUUAUUCAACCAAAUCUAAUUUAACAGAACACAGGAAGAAACACAACAGUGCAUUGGAAUUUCAUAAAAAGGAACACAAAUGUUCAUAUUGUAACAAACUGCACGCCACCAAAAAGACCCUGAUAAAGCAUGUAAAAAGAUUUCAUCCUGAAAAUGUACAAGAGUUUCUAUCUACCAGGAAGAAAAAAAGUGAAGGAUGGAAAUGUGAGAUUUGCAAUAAGUCUUUCACCCGAAGACCUCACUUGGAAGAACACAGAAUUCUUCAUACUCAGAACAAGCCUUUCAAAUGUACCUAUUGUGAAGAGCAUUUUAAAUCCCGUUUUACGAGAUUGAAACAUCAAGAAAAGUUCCAUUUAGGACCUUUUCCAUGUGAUAUUUGUGGUCGCCAGUUUAAUGACACUGGAAAUCUGAAGCGCCAUAUUGAAUGCACUCAUGGAGGAAAGAGAAAAUGGACUUGCUUUAUUUGUGGAAAAUCAGUUAGAGAAAGAACAACUUUAAAAGAGCAUUUGAGAAUUCACAGUGGAGAAAAACCACAUCUCUGUAGCAUUUGUGGACAGAGUUUUCGUCAUGGAAGCUCCUAUAGAAUCCAGGAACAUAGUGUUCGUUUAUAUUUCACAAAAUAAUGGACUGCUGAAAGGAAAGGAUGUCUGUUUUCACCAUGACUGGUUAGAGAUGAAGAGGAUGUAUGCCAACAUAUGUGGCCUGACUGUUAUUUGCAGAACAGAUAUUCCAUGAAUGAAACGGCUUCUACUCAUGGAAAACACUGAGGUACACCAGAAUGCAACGAUUUUCUCAUGGAGGAACUGCAUAUUUUAAAGUUAUUUUUUUCAGCAGCCAAGGGUCACAGAAUGUAGAUCAGUGGUGAAAUUAGUGGUGGAACCAGGACACAGUAAACUCAAUUCCAUCCCCCCUCCCCACACACACACCUUCAAGAUAAUAAAUUUAAUUUUAAAAGACAAGUUAAGCCUAUGAGCAGUUUAUUUUAUUUUAUAAAUCCUACUUUUCUCUCUGAGUCCCAGUCUUGGCGACAUAUAUAUUAUCAUGACCUGAUGAGCCUUGGACACUGAUCCCUAAUUUAUUUAUUUUAUUUAUAUCUUUCCUUUAUUUUAUGGAGCUCAAGGUGACUUACAUCAUAUUCCCUUCUAUUAUUUUCUCCACAAUAAUCUUGUAGGUCCCCCCCGACCUGUGAAUCACC